GCUGCUAUGGCUUUCUGUAAUGAAAGCCUGCUGGAGAAUUGUGACUUCAUGGAGCCGGAGGAAGGUUUGCCGGAGGAAGCCGCUACCCCACUGAUAUCAGUCACUCUGCGUGUGACUCUGGCGGCCAUAAUGAUCUUCAUGAUUACCAUCGGUUUCCUCGGAAAUGCCAUCGUGUGUCUGAUUGUGUACCAGAAACCCGCCAUGCGCUCCGCCAUCAACCUCCUCCUCGCUACUUUGGCCUUUUCCGACAUUAUGCUCUCUCUGCUCUGCAUGCCCUUCACUGCAGUGACGGUCGCCACUGCCGACUGGAGCUUUGGGAGCGGGUUCUGCCGAGCCUCCAUCAUGCUGUACUGGCUGUUUGUCCUGGAGGGAGUGUCCAUCCUCCUCAUCAUCAGUGUGGACCGAUUCCUCAUCAUUGUACAGCGGCAGGACAAACUGACUCCACACAGAGCUAAACUGCUGAUCGCGGGUUCAUGGGUGUUGAGCCUGUGUGUGUCCCUGCCGUCUGUGGUCGGGUGGAGGACGGGCGCAGCAGGUAUUGGGGGUGCCUGGGCACCACAGUGUGUUCUGGGAUACAGCGAGUCUGUGGCAGACCGUGGGUACACGGUGCUGUUGGCAGUCGCAGUAUUCUUCGUGCCAUUCACCGUCAUGCUGUACUCUUACAUGUGCAUCCUCAACACGGUACGCCACAACACCCUGCGCAUCCACAACCACACCGGUGAGCACUCCUGUCUGCCAGCACUCAAUCAAGUCAGCAAGAUGAGACUCAGUGGGCUGCAGCGCCCCCCUCAGGUCAAAGUGGACAUGAGCUUCAAGACCCGAGCCUUCACCACCAUCCUCAUCCUCUUUGUGGGCUUCUCAGUGUGCUGGUUGCCGCACACCGUGGUCAGCCUGCUGGCCGUGUUCAGCCGAGAGUUUUACUACAGCCCGGUCUUCUACCCAAUGAGCAUCGGCGCGCUGUGGCUCAGCUACCUGAAGACGGUUUUUAACCCUGUCAUCUACUGCUGGAGGAUCAGGAAGUUCAGGGAGGCGUGUCAGGAGUUCAUUCCCAAAAGCUGCAGACUGUGUCCCAAAGUGCCGGGCAGGAGCCGAAGGAGAGUGAGGCCCAGUAACAUUUAUGUGUGCAGCGAGACUCAGUCAGCCGUGUGA